AUGUCUGGAAAUGAAGGUGAUGCCACUCCACGAGUGGCAUCAAUGUCUGAUUUGUCGCGAAGAGCUGUUAUUCGAGCCGAUUCGGACAGCGAUGAAGAAACGCCGACGUCGCAAAACCUUCUCGAUCCACUUCAAACGUUUUUGAGGAAAGCCGACGAUGAGCCGAAAAUUCAAAUGAGGCCGAAAAAGACGCGGGAUAUGUCGGCUACAGUAUCCCAUAUGAUUGACGGUGACACCGAGCCGAAUUUCAAGCGAAGAAGUGCCGAGCGACACUCGUUUGCCGAUUUUGCCGCUCGACGAAGCCCAAUGAAUUUCGUCUCGGGUUACGGUAGCGCCCGAUUGACUGACUUUUUCUCGUCGGGUCGAUUUAAGAAGAAGGAUCGACGAAAGAAGAUCAACAAUGGACCAUCUGCUUCCGCAAACGACGAAUAUGGCACGUUUGGAGCUGGAAGUGUUGGAGGAUACUCAAUACAAUCUAAUUCUUCUGCUGAAUCAUCGUCACGAAUUUACACGGAAGAGGAUAUGAGGGAAGAAUUUCGCAAAAUAAUGCUCGAGAAAAAUGUGCCGCAAUCGAAAGUUGACCAAUUGGUGAAUUCGACGCCGACCGAACAAAUGAUGACAAUGAUUCGAAAUGCGAAAAGGACUGAUGACGCCGCUAAAAAGAAGCAAUCACCCGAAUCCAAUAUCAACGCAUUGUCGCAAAUUUUGAAAUCUGAAAAUCUUCUCGACUGCAAACAAGAUAUUGUCACACUGCGAAUUCAACUCCAAUGCCAAUCCGUUUCAUUUCUUCACAAAUUUGCCGAUGAAAUUCGUGAUGAGCGCGGUCAAAACGGAUUCGAGCUCAUUUGCGAACUCUAUUCGUCGGUUAUUCAACGUCUACGCAUCGCCGAUUGUGGAUCGAAGCAUGAGCUUGAGCUUAUUGAUUUUCUACAAGAAGUUGUUCGAUGCAUUCGAACAAUUGUUAACACCUAUAAAGGAUUGGAAAUAGUGCUUCGUCGUAAAUCGCCAGUAUGCUCACUGCUCAUUCAAACUCUUAAAUGUCUAAACAGAAGAAAGUCAAUUGGCCAAGAGCAAGCCGAAGUUCGAGCUCUUCGUAUUGACGUCGCAACGAUUUGCUCAAGUUUGAUGCUUGUGUCCCAUGAAACGGCGAGCACAAUGCGAAUAGAAAUGACGGGACAACAGAAAAUGUUCGCCGAGCUGACGGCGUUGGCUAGGCAAGAAAGCAAGGCGAUGAUGUCGAGAUUCAGACCUCUCGUGAACUGCCUUCAAUUUUUUGGAGAACGCGAUUCUCAACCGACGUUUCGAAUUCUUUUCAUGCUCAACAUGCUUAUCAAUGCGGUUGACCGGAAUGCGCCGGAAGACGCGAACUGGACAGAAGACACCAUGUGGCAAAUGCGAAUGAGAUUGAGGAGUGAAGCUGCCAAAGAUGGGCUCAAUCAAUACAUUGAGAAAUUCACUGCUGAAGGUGUUGAUAGUAAAGUGCGCGAGAUUGCGCAGAAACUUCAGACUGAGCAGAAUGAGGAUUUCGAGACACUGGUUGCCAAAUAUGAGAAUCUAAAAGCUGAAUAUGAUACGCUGGAUGGAUGUUUUGAGAUGCUUGCAGCGACUGCACAAGCAUCAGGAGUUGACAACAUUCUUCUCAACAUAUUGCAGCUUCUUGUAUUGACACCGGAAGAUCUGAGCUCCAGGCGCGCGUUUUUCAAACUCAUCGAUGUUUGCGUUUCCGAGAUUGUGCUCCAUCGAGUUCCAUUCGAUCCGGAAAGCGAUGAGAAAUUUGUGUUUGAAACACCAAUCGCGGACAUCAUUGAGCAGCUUCAAGAUGAGGAAAUGUCGAAGAAGCUUCGUCAGGCGACGGCGGCGAAGCAGGAAGCCGUUGUGAUGCAGGGAGAAUACUGGAAAACGAUUCUUGAACUCCAGAAAGAGACUGAAGCGUUGAGGAAACAUAUCAACGAUCCCAAAGCAAAUGCUCUUCCACCAACGACUAAAGUGACGGUGUCCGCACCAAGUGCUUCUAGUUCACUCCCGACAAUCACUGGCGGUCCGCCACCUCCACCAGGAUUGCCUCCGAUCACUGGAGGUCCUCCACCACCGCCUCCGCCAGGCGGUCUUCCUCCAAUCACUGGCGGACCACCUCCACCACCACCACCUGGCGGAUUGCCACCAAUUAGCGGUGGGCCUCCACCUCCACCUCCUCCGCCACCGCCUGGUGGAAGAAUGCCGCCGCCACCUCCACCACCACCAAUGGGUCUCGGCAAGGGACCACCGCCGCCACCUGCGCCAGGCAUGUUUGCGGCACCAAUGGCACCGGCGUUGCCGGAAUAUUUGCCACCGAAGAAGAUCAGAAAGGUCGAUAUUCCAAUGAGAAAAUUCCCUUGGGGAUCGAAUACGAUUAAUCCUCGAGAUAUUCCACGCGAUUCGUUCUGGGUAUCGACAAAUGAAGACGCGGUGACGAACGAUCGGAUGUUUGAAAGACUCAAGAACAAAUUCUCAUCGAAGCCUGCAAGUAGCGCUGCCUCAAAAACCGAUGUCGUUGGUGGCGGAAUUACGAAGAAGAUCAAAACUCCACAAAUUAUCCAAGAUGACAAGGUCCUACAGCGACUAGGUAUUCUUCAAGCAUCGGUGAAAAUGACGCAUUCUGAAUUGAAAAAAGCGAUUCUGGAAGUAGACGAGAAAGUACUAACGUGUGGAUUUUUGGAGCAACUUCGAGCAGCUCUGCCGCCUGGAGACGUGCUCAAGAAACUGCAAGAAGUAAAUAAAAAGCAGUUUGAAGAAAUGCCAGAGGGUGAACAAUUCGCCACCAAAUUGGCGCAAAUAAACGCAUUGCCUCUUCGAUUGGAUCUCAUCGAAUUCAAAAUGCGAUUCUCUGAAAUUCGCAACGAACUCAAGCCGAGCAUGUCGUCUGUUAUGGAAGCGUGCGAGGAAAUACGCAAAUCGGAAGGCCUUCAUUUCUUCCUUCAACUUUUAUUGGCAUUUGGUAAUUUUAUGAGCGGUUCGUCGAAGAAUUAUUCGAAUGCUUAUGCUUUCGAGUUCCGAAUGCUCACGAGACUUGUUGACACGAAAGAUGUGGAUAAUAAGCACACUUUGCUGCAGCAUUUAAUUGAGGAAAUGAGAAGAGUAGACCCGAAAAGAGCCAGAUUCGCUUUCAAUGAUUUCCAUCAUUGUAUUGAAUCGUCUCGUGUGAAUGCGGAUGAGCUUGCAAAAAGCACGAGAUUGAUGAAAAUCAAUAUUGGCAAGCUAGAAAACUGUUUGAAAGUUUAUAAAAAUCAAGGAGAAAACGACAAAUUUGAGGAGAAAAUGCGACCGUUUUUGGAGAAGGCGACGAAAGAGUUGGCGACUGUCGAGAUGAUGGCAGAAAAAAUGAAGAGCGAUUGGAAUGCGCUUGCGAAAUUCUACGCGUUUGACGUGAAAAAGUAUCCGAUGGAGGAGUUUUUCAGCGAUAUUCGCACAUUCUGCGAGCACUAUGCGGCUGCUUGGAUGGAGCUCGACGCUGAAAUCGAAGCAUUGCGAGCCGAGGAGAAGCGUAAGGAGAAGGCGGUGGAGACGCAGCGUCGGCAGAAGGCGCGACAGCCUUUGGGAGAACGACAGGUCAUAUCUGCACUGGCAGCGGGAAGAGCUGCUCCAAGAACACCGGCGGCGAUGAUAAAGGUGUCCACAGCGAUUGACAAAGCGGGUGUCCUCGAUGAACUUGAACGCGCUACUGGCAACGAAGCGUUCUUGCAGACGCUGAUAUCGGCGACAAACGCGCGAACGCCAAGAGCUGGCGUCGGUGCGCGAUCGCGAACUGGACGAGCUGCUCUUGAACGCCAGCGAUCUCGUGGUGCUAUUGGAAGUGAAGCAUUCUUGAGUUCGAUGUCAAUGGCGGCUCCUGCGUAUCCAUCGGCGACCAGUUUUGCAUCUUCUGGUGAACAAAUGAAGCCGCAGACAUCGUCGACGGCACUGGAGCGAGCGAGAGCGGUGGGAGUCGGACUUCCGGGGCAAAGCGAGUUGAAAAUGAAAAUUCGACGGAAAGGAGCGAAAGCGGUUCCAGUGGAGAAUCUUCCAACGAGGAACUCGCAAGUCUCUCCAACUCACAAGGAAAAUCGCGAGCCUGACCAGGAUGCGGUGCCUUCCGCACUCACUACCGACGAUUUGCUAGUCCGCCUACACUCGUAUUAG